CGUGGCAGACAGCCACGACACUUCCGGUGCGAAUGUCUMCUUAGAGAGAAACCAGAGAAAGGAUUAGCAGAACAUCAAUCCCGGGAAGACAUCGCUUUGAAGUAUUGACGGCCAACGGGCUUCGGAACUGGUUCUGAACAGGAAACAAACGUCUGCUUGGCUAACUUGUUAUUUAACCCAGUUGGAGCUCUAGGUAUGAAUUGAGGAUGAAUGUGAACCAGCAGCCUCCCAUGGCAUCUCCGUACGGCCAGCCCCAGCCUGGCUAUGGCCAGCCUAGCUACGCUCCCUUGGGAGGCGGCUACCCCGGCCCCUACGGACCCUACAGCGGCCCCGCUACAGCCUACCAGCCUGGGGCUCCACAAGGUUAUUCUACCUAUGCCAGCUUUCCCUCUAAGGCUGUGGCAGCUAACCCAGUCUCUGACCUGCCCUCUCCUCUUGACUUGGGAUCUGCCAGGGGCCCCACUCCAGUCUCCACCAACCAGGCCUACUCCCAGUAUGCCCAGGGAGACAUUCAGAAUGGACCCCCACCUAUGGAUCACUCUAUGGCUCAGCCAGCUCACAGGCCUCCAGUGUCUCAGCCGUAUAGCCAAGGUGCUAUGAACUUGUCGGGGCCACACCCUUCUUACCCCCAGCAGUACCAGGCACAGCCCUCCAUGCAACAGAUGACCAAUCAGAUGUCAGGGAUGCAGGUCGGGUCAGGCCCCCUCACCUCUACUGGGCCGGGAUAUGCUCCAACUCCCAGCUCCAAGCCUCCAAUCAGUGCUGCCUACUCCGCUGCAGCCCCUCCCUCCUAUACCCAAGCUGCUCCCCCAGUGUCUGGUGCCCCAUCCCAGCCUCCCCCUCCCAGUGAGCCUGCAGCCCCCCAACCUUACUAUGAUGGCCCUCCUCCCUCUCAACAACAACACUUCCCCUCCUCCGCCCCCCCUCCCUCACAACCUUCCCUCCUCUCCAUACUCGGGUCCUACCCCUUCCAGCCACCAUGGGCCCUGCAGACUCUCGACAACAGUCCUUCCCACCUGGCCCCCCUACCCCUGCUCAGCAAACCUUCCCCAACUCUGCUCCUCCUCCAGUCUCCCAGGCCUCGUAUCUCUGGCCCCCCUCCCCUCUCCCAACCUGGCCCUUUCCCACCUACCUUUGCACCCCCUGCCCAGUACCCUGCCCCCAGCCCCCGUCUCCAACCCGGGCCACCUCCCUUCCACUCUGGCCCCCCUCCCCAAUGUCCUAUGCCACCCCCUUCCAUGUCCCAGCAGCAGGCCAACCACCUUCCCCCCGGCCCCAUGCAGCAGCCUCCUCAGCCUGGCAUGCAGGGAGGAUACCCACCCCAGCAGAAUGGUGCAUUUGGGCAGCCCAGAGGCCCCCAGCCCGGCUAUGCAGGCCCACAGUAUCCUGGGCAACAGAACUACGGAGCAGGCCCUGCCCCCACCACUGCCCCCACACAGAAGAGACUGGACCCUGACUCCAUCCCCAGCCCGAUCCAGGUGAUUGAGGACGACCGGGCCAACAAGAGCAGUGAGCCGUUCACCACGGGGGUCAAAGGUCAGACUCCGCCCCUUGUCACCACCAACUUCCAGGUGAAAGACCAGGGCAACGCCAGCCCGCGCUUCAUCCGCUGUACAGCCUACAACAUACCCUGCACGGCCGACAUGGCCAAACAGUCCCAGGUCCCCCUGGCAGCCGUAAUCAAACCUCUAGCCAUGUUGCCCCCUGACGAGACCCGUCCGUACAUCGUGGACCAUGGGGAGGCCGGUCCUAUCCGCUGUAACCGCUGUAAGGCCUAUAUGUGUCCCUACAUGCAGUUCAUCGAGGGCGGACGCCGCUUCCAGUGUGGUUUCUGCAGCUGCGUCACAGACGUGCCUCCCCACUACUUUCAGCAUCUGGACCACACAGGGAAGAGGGUGGACUGCUGCGACCGGCCAGAGCUCUCGCUGGGCAGCUACGAGUUUGUGGCAACCGUCGACUACUGCAAGAACAAUAAGCUCCCCCAGCCCCCGUCGUUCAUCUUCUUCAUCGAUGUGUCUUACAAACGCCCGGUGUUGCCACUUCGUAAUCGGAACGUCAAUCCAGCCUGGCCCUCAGCCCCCCCAGUGAAUGGUAUCGUUCAGCCAAGUCAAAGGGUCGCAAAAUGUCUAAAUGGACCUAAUAUACAGACAUUUAAUCCAUCACUAUAUUACAGCAGAAGUCUCAUCUGUCCAGGCUUCUCAACUGUUUCUGUUGCAGAGAAUCAUUGUGUGUGUGUCAGUUUGCUAGACCAGAUUCCGGAGAUGUUUGCAGACACCAGGGAAAGGAGGGACCGGUCAUCAGGCAGGACUGGAGGACUGAAGGCUGCAGACUGUGCCGGAAGCUGUUUUUGUUCCACCAGUCUGCCCAUCGCUGAGGCUCCUGGGAAACUGAAGAACAGAGAGGACAAGAAACUGGUGGAAACAGACAAGGAGAAGUCUCUGUUCCAGCCCCAGUCUGGUUUCUAUAGUAACCUGUCUAAGGAGUGUGUAGCACAGGGCUGCUGUGUGGACCUCUUCCUGUUCCCCAACCAGUACGUCGACGUGGCAACGCUCGGCGUGGUGCCCGUCUCCACUGGCGGCUCAGUCUACAAAUACACCUACUUCCAGGCUGAGAUGGACCGCGAGCGGUUCCUGAAUGARCUGCGGCGAGACGUUCAGAAGCCGAUGGGCUUUGACGCUGUCAUGAGGGUCCGAACGAGCACAGGUAUCAGAGCGACAGAUUUCUUCGGCUCGUUCUUCAUGAGUAACACGACAGACGUGGAGCUGGCAGGGCUGGACUGUGACAAGACRGUMACCGUGGAAUURCGCCARGACGACAAGCUCAGCGAGGACACSGGGGCYCUCAUGCAGUGRGCGGUGUUGUACACCAGCUGUAGUGGUCAGCGGCGUCUGAGGGUCCACAACAUGGCGGUCAACUGCUGCUCCCAGCUCGCCGACCUCUACCGGAACUGUGAGACAGACACAAUCAUCAACUUCUUCUCCAAGUAUGCGUACCGCAGCCUAUUGAACACCCCCACCAAGACGGUGAGAGACACCUUGGUGAACCAGUGUGCCCAGAUUCUGGCCUGCUACCGCAAGAACUGUGCCAGCCCCUCGUCUGCCGGACAGCUGAUCCUACCAGAGUGUAUGAAGCUGCUGCCGGUCUAURUGAACUGUGUGUUGAAGAGCGACGUGCUGCAACCGGGAGCUGACGUCUCAGUAGACGACAGAGCCUACCUGAGACAGCUGCUCAGCUGUAUGGACGUAUCAGAGAGCCACGUCUUCUUCUAUCCCCGCCUCCUUCCCCUGGUUAAGUUGGAUGGAGGCUCGUUGCCAAUGGCAGUGCGUAACUCGGAGGAGCGCCUGUCAAAGGGUGGAGUCUACCUCCUGGAGACAGGGCUCUACCUCUUCCUGUGGGUGGGAGCCAAUGCCCAGCAGGAGCUGCUCAGCAACAUCUUCGGCACGCCCACCUUCAGCCAGAUAGACCCCAACAUGACGAGUCUGCCAGAGCUGGACAACCCGUUCUCCCAGAGACUCAGAGAGAUAAUCGUCUCCUUCAGAUCACAACGAUCACGAUACAUGAAGUUGAUGGUGGUGAAGCAGGAGGACAAGGCGGAGCUAAUCUUUAAACACUUCCUGUGUGAGGACAAAAGCGCCAGCGGAGGAGCUUCCUACGUCGACUUCCUGUGUCACAUGCACAAGGAAAUCCGCCAGCUGCUCAGCUAGGACCCUUGACCUCUGAUUCUUCAACCCUGACCCUGUCGCCCCUCAGAAGCGCUUUCUUUUAUUUACCUAAUAAACUGAACCCCUCUCCCUCUGUCAGCGAGAGGCCAGAGACAUUUACACAGCCUCAUGGCAGAUUCCAUGUGUCAUCAUAUGACUCUAAACUAUUCCAAACGUCAAGCUCUAAAACAACUGAAGCUAAUCCACUGGCCAACGGAGGAGGUAGAGAGUGUGUGUGUGUGUGUAAGGGAGAGCACUGCUGUUGAUUUGUACUAGGUGUUCUGUCUAGCACUGAAGCCCGUUGUAGCUGUACCCCCCCCCCCCCCCGGCCCGUGGUAGAAACACCCAGUAGAACUAAGGAAGAUGACACAAACUAGACAGAAAUAAAUGCUGUUUUCCAUCUCUA